UAUAAAAAUGAGGAGGCUCUGGCGGAAUUGAGAGAAAUCGUCACUAGAAUGAUCAAUGACGUUGCUAAAAGUCCGCACAACUUAAUAAUAUGUUGUUUAGAUGAAGAUCCUGAAGUUGUUGGAGAAAUUAUAGGAGCCUCUAUAACAAUAGUCGACAAGAAAGACGACCCUGAAACAAAUUUGAAUUUUACGACAAAAACUAAAGAGGUGGGAGUUAGUUUUGCAAUAAUAAGUAAACUUAUCUCUAGAUACAACGCUUUGAAGGAUCAUAAGCUCGACAUUUUUCUUAAUGACAGAGGAGUUGUAGUAAAUCCAAAAUAUAGAGGUCUUGGACUUGCUCAAGUGUUCUUCAAUGUCAGGCGCCAAAUAUGUCAUGAUAUUGGAAUACCUCUCACUGGAGCCUGGAUGACGGCUGCAGGCUCUCAGAAAGCAGCAGCCCGUGAUGGAUGGGAGACGGCCUACGAGAUGACAUACGAAGAUUUCGGAAAAGAAACUGGAAUUGUCUUUGAAAACGUACCACCUACCUGUAAAUAUAUGACCGGCAAGCCAUUGCAAAUGUAGUUGUUGAACUUUAUAACAUUAUGUAUUUAGGUACAUUUAAAUAAAUACAUUGCAUCUGAAAUAUA